AAAAUAUUUGUUUGUGAUGUUACUUCCGGUAUACUGAAGCUGGCACAGCAAGUUUCUUGUAGUAGGACAGACUUAAGUUGCAAUGGCAGAUUUCGGAUUUGCUCGCUAUGGAGAAGAUGAAGAGAAUGAGGAAGAUGAAUCUGAUCCACAGAAUCGUGCGGGGAGAGAUGGCUUGAUAUUCCUGAUCGACUGUUCUAAGUCCAUGUUUGAUGAGGGAGACGAUGACGAAGACAGCCAUUUCCAAUUGUGUUUAAAGUGUGCUAAGACCACCUUACAAAACAAGAUCAUCAGCAGUGAUAAGGACCUGAUGGGCAUUGUCUUCUUUGGAACAGAGAAGUCAUCCAACCCCAGUGACUUCAAACAUAUCUUCAUCUAUCAGGAAUUGGACCAGCCAGGAGCUCCCAGGAUUUUGAGCUUAGAAGACAUGACCGAAGAAGAUGCAAAAACUUUCUCCAAGGAAUAUGGACAUAACACUGGGUUUGCUUUGCAUGAAGCUUUGUGGACAUGUCAGAAUAUGUUCUCAAACAGUUCUCAAAAAGUGAGCUCAAAGAGGGUGAUGUUAUUUACCAACAACGACAAUCCACACGUUAGCUCACAACAGCUACAGAGACAAGCAAGGACAAAAGCAAGUGACUUGUCGGAGACUGGCAUUGACUUGGAAUUGAUGCACUUACAGAAAGCGGGAGAGAGUUUUGAUGUUUCUAAGUUUUAUAAGGAUUUGUUGUUCACAUCUGAUGAUGAAUUGACCGACCUUCCUGAUCCAGCAGAGCGUAUGGAUGAACUUCUCAACAGAGUGAGAACUAAAGACCACAAGAAGAGAGCCUUACGAAGAAUUAAGCUCAGUCUUGGUGAAGGUCUUAGCCUAGGAGUGGGCGUGUAUGGAUUGGUUAGGUCCUGUCCCAAACCAUAUGGUGUAAAACUCAACAGGGAAACGAAUGAGGAGCUGAAGAGCCACUACAAGACUUACCUCAAGGAUACUGGCGAGGUACUUAUGCCUCAAGACCUGAAGAAAGCCCAGACCUAUGGUGGUUGCAGGAUACUAUUUGAGGAUGAUGAGGUUACUGAAAUCAAGCGGUUUGGAGAGUCGGGUUUAAAGUUGAUGGGCUUCAAGCCAUGCAGCAAACUAAAGAAGUAUUAUCAUGUUAAGCCUGCCCAGUUCCUGUAUCCAGAUGAGAGUACGGUCAUUGGCAGUACAACUUUAUUCACUGCCUUGCUGAAGAAGUGCCUGGAGCGAGAUGUGUUUGCAUUAUGUCGAUAUAUUCCUGGUAAAAACAUGGAACCUCGAUUUGUGGCCCUUCUUCCACAGGCUGAGGAGGUUGAUGAUCACAAGGUUCAAGUCACACCUCCAGGGUUCCAUGUCAUCUUCAUGCCGUUUGCUGAUGAUUUCCGAAAAGUGAAACUUGAGGAUGCACCACGAGCCAACAAAGACCAGAUUGACAAGGCAAAGGAACUGGUGAAGAAGCUCCAGUUCAAGUUCUCGAGUGAGAGCUUUGAAAACCCUGUCCUACAGAAAUAUUGGAGGAACAUUGAGGCCCUGGCUCUAGAUCGCGAUGCGCCAGAGGAAAUGACUGAUUACACAAUGCCCAAUGAGAAAGGAAUGGAGAAAAGGGCAGGAAAGAUAAUUCAAGAGUUCAAAGACCUUGUAUUUCCUGAUGGCUAUGAACCAGGGGCUAAAAGGAAAGCUCCAGCGAGUGCUGAUCCUGUCGCUAAGAAGGCUAAGUUGGAGGGAGCUGUUGCUUUGUUAGAUGUUAAGAAGGAGGCUCAGGAAGGCCGGCUUGGCAAGUUGACUGUGGCCGUACUGAAGGAAUUAAUCAAGCGUGAAGGUAUCCCGGCCUCAGGAUCAAAGAAAGCCGACCUCGUUGAUUGUAUUAACAGUUACUAUGGCGUUUCAUAGGGCAGAGGUUAUUGCAGCUAUCAACAACAGCUUUACCUUUUUCUUGUCCAGGAAUAGAACAACAUUGCAACAAAAACCUUCAUUAGGGAUUUAAAAGACAAAUCACAUUGAAAUUCUCUGUUUCAUUCUACAAUGCGCCAUAGGACCCCUUUGAUAUUGUUUGAAAAAUUCAGCCCAGAAACUGAUUCAAAUAUAUCACUUAUCUGUGGUGUAUCACCUGGAGAUGAAUAUUUUAUUUUUGAAUUAUUGCUCGAAAAUUGUACCAAGAGGGUCUUUUAGCAAUGUUAGAGGUUUAACACUGCUAGAUACUCUCAACAGACUCAGAAGUUGUAAGAUUCUAUAGAAACUGGUAGACCUGCAACAUCUUAUGGUAUAGCUUAACCUGAAUGGUUGCUAUUUUUUGUCUGCAUCAUGCAGGUUGUUUGGUGUCUUUUCUUUUCCGACAUGUUGGCAGAUCAAUAUUGAAAUGCUUGAAUGGUGUUAGUCAUUUAAUGCAAUUGCAGGCUUUUAAACCCCUAUUGAUCAUGUAAAAAAUGUAGCACUAUCAAUUAUACAAAUAUUGCAAACGUGCAUCAUGGAAUAUGUUUGAACGGAACUGUGUUGCAUACCCUCAUAAAUUUUAAAAGAUGCAUUUCAAACCUAAAGUUGUGCAAUGUUUAUUGUGGCAUUUGCAUUGUCUUUGUUGUGUUUGACUAAAAAUUUAGGUAUUAAAGUGUUGGGAGACAAAGGUCAAUCAGUGUGUAGUUAUAUGGGAUAUGAUAUCCUACCAUCAGGUGUGGAAUUCGGUGUUAGAACCUCAGCGAAGCCUCAGUCCUGAUCCAGAUUCUACACCUCCAGGUGUAAGUAAUGUUGUAUUGUGAUAGUUUAGCAUAACAGUAUUUAUAUUGAUGAUUUGAUGGACAAAACUAUAAUUUGUUUGUGUACAUGUAUGUGUUAUUUUUUGUAUUUUGUUUUUUUCACAUUAGCGACAACUACAACGCUUUAAAAAAAAAAACAUACAGAAGCAAUCAACACAAAAAACUUCAUUUGAAGCAGACAUUCAAUAUUAUCACAAAGGGCUGCCCCCUAAUUAUUACAAUUAUUGUAAUAACUUUAUAAAGAUCCAACGCAGUCUGCCCCCAGUGCCUGGAUUUAAACCUGUACAAACCAACACAACAUGGUUCAAAGCAGUCAGAUGCUCUAGAAUGACCAGCAGAAGCAGGAUGUUCAUUAUACAGCAGAAACGAAACAUUUUGGAAGUGUCAUCACAUAUAUUAAACAUAAGUCCAAUGGCGUGGAUAUUGUCUGAUGUAGAAAGUUUAUUCAUGUUUUCUACACCAAGUGAGAUAUGAUCAUCAGGGAUUUCUCUAGGGAGAACCAGAUGUUUACAUUAUAUUCCUUAGGGUAUUGGCAGACAUCCAGGUACCACAUUAACAUUACUGAUAUAUAAAUGUUUUAGUAUUUUCUAUUCUACUGAUCAAUAACUUGACUUUGUUAUGGUGAGCUAGGAUCAUGUGGAUAAUGUCUGAUGAACACAGAAUAGUUGUGUUAAUGAAUUAUUGACAAACAUUAUAUUCUAGGAUAUAAAUAAAUGAUUUU